AUGUUAGGACUAAGACAAGCUGUCUCCUCCCUGCAGCUAACUGUUGACCGCAGCAGCAACCGCUACGUGCAGCAGCAGCAGCAAAUAUGUGUCUCCUCUGCCCACAGCAGCACCAGCAACAGCAGCAAGGGACACUGGGAGCAGCAAUUCGUAUUCCCUCGGAGUCUUACCGACCUAAGAGGCCUCGAUGUCUCCCAUUUGCUGCUGCAGCAGCAGGACGAUCAGCUGCCAGUAUUUGAUGCUGUUGCUGCUCUCGUGCUGCAGCAGCUGCGGCUGCAAAAUGGUUUGCUGCGGUUGCUGCCAAGUGUCUCCUCUCCUGCUGCAAGACAGGCACAAAACAUGUAUAUGGACAGCAGCUGCAUGCAACUCAACAGCAGCAUACAGCCCAACAGCAGCGGCAGCAGCAGCAGCGGCGGAUUGUUUGGAAGCCGUUGGUCUGCUGCAGCAGCAGCAGAGUCUGCUGCUAUGCAGCAGCUGCUGCUUGAAUCGCCGAAUCCGCAGCUUGCUGUUGCUGCUGCUGUUGCUGCUGCAGCAACAGCAGCAGAGGCCCUAACAGGCUGGCUAUGCGUCCUCAGUGCUCUCGGUAAAGGAUUUGGAGUUGUGGGAAGUCAGGUGGCUGUACAGCUCAGCCGAGAACUCGGUUUGUUGUCUAUCUUGUAUGUUGCUGUUUUGUAA